AUGGCGAAACCACUCUAUGCUCUGGGCUGCGAGGGCAGCGCCAACAAGCUGGGCAUCGGCAUCAUCGCCCACGAUCCGGCAACCGGUGCCUCGACCAUCCUCUCCAACAUCAGACACACCUUCGUCUCCCCGCCCGGCACAGGCUUCCUUCCAAAGGACACGGCGAAGCACCACCGCUCCUACUUCACAAGAAUCGCCGUCCAGGCUCUGAAAGACGCUGGUAUUUCGCCAUCCCAGCUAUCAUGUGUCUGCUACACCAAAGGCCCCGGCAUGGGCGCGCCUUUACAAAGCGUCGCGGUGGCGGCCCGCACACUCAGCCUUCUGUGGGAUAAGCCCCUAGUCGGUGUGAACCAUUGCGUCGGGCACAUCGAGAUGGGUCGUGAGAUCACGGGCGCCGACAACCCUGUUGUCCUCUACGUCUCUGGCGGCAACACCCAAGUUAUUGCCUAUGCCGAGCAGCGAUAUCGCAUCUUCGGCGAGACGCUCGACAUAGCCGUAGGAAACUGCCUCGACCGCUUCGCGCGCACCCUCGAGAUCAGCAACGACCCUGCACCCGGUUACAAUAUCGAGCAGCUGGCCAAGAAGGGGAGCAAGCUGUUGGACUUGCCGUACACAGUCAAGGGCAUGGACUGCUCCUUCAGCGGGAUCCUGGGGGCCGCAGACCUCCUUGCGGUUGCGAUGCGCGCACAGCACGCGCAGAUCGCCGACGGCGUCGACGUGCCCGAGUCGGAAAUCAUCACGCCCGAGGACCUGUGUUUCACGCUCCAGGAGACCGUGUUUGCCAUGCUCGUGGAGAUUACGGAGCGCGCCAUGGCCCACGUCGGGACCAGCCAGGUGCUCAUUGUCGGUGGCGUGGGCUGCAACGAGCGGCUGCAGGACAUGAUGGGAGCCAUGGCUGCGGAGCGCGGUGGCAGUGUGUACGCCACGGACGAGCGGUUCUGCAUCGACAACGGCAUCAUGAUUGCGCACGCGGGUCUGCUUGCCUACGAAACUGGCUGCACGACGCCGCUCGAGGAGAGCACGUGCACGCAGCGCUUCCGGACAGACGAGGUGUGGGUGAAAUGGCGGGACUGA